AUGGAUCAACGUUUGGUAUGGAAUGCCUCGGAUUUUAAUGGUUUAACAACGCUUCGCUUACCAUGCUCAAAGAUCUGGUUGCCAGAUAUUGUUUUAUACAAUUCAGCAGACGAUUAUACCCAAGGUUAUUAUCAAAGUAAAGCCAUGGUUGACAAUACUGGACAUGUAUUUUGGCCACCGCCUGCAAAGUUUCGUUCCUCGUGCAAAAUUGAUGUGACUUUCUUCCCAUUUGAUGAUCAAUUAUGUAAAUUAAAAUUUGGUUCAUGGACAUACGAUGCAGCUCAAGUCAAUCUGACCAAACGACGUGAUAAUGUUGACAUGACAAAUUACAUCCGUUCAGGUGAAUGGGAUAUCAUACGAAUUCUUGUACAACGAAAUGAUGUUACUUAUGCAUGCUGUCCGGGAAUAUUCUAUCCUGAUGUGACUAUUUAUGUGCAUAUACGUCGUCGAGUUUUGUACUAUCUCUUCAAUAUCAUCUUUCCUUGUAUAUGGCUUUCAAUUCUUUCAGUUCUCGGAUUUUGGCUGCCACCUGAUUCAGGAGAAAAGAUCACACUUGGUAUAACUGUUCUUCUCGCUUUCUCCGUUUUCAUGUUACUAAUCGCCGAAUCGAUGCCUGCCACAAGCGAAAUGGUUCCACUCAUUGAAAUCUAUUUGACUGCGGUUAUGGCAUUUACAUCGUUAUCGAUCGUAUUAACAGUUUAUGUCUUGCAAUUACAUCAUUCUGGUCCUGUUGUUAUACCAAUUCCACAUACGUUCAAAAACACUUUAGUACGAUAUGUAGCACCAGUUAUCGGCAUGCGCAAGACCAUUGAAAUUUAUGCACGUGAACAUAAUUUAUUGGAAACCGAUGAUGUUUAUCGGUGUUUUUCUCAGCGACCAUCGUUAACAUCUGACAUGUCAACACGAAUUUCAGUAAAUAAAGGAAGAAGUGAGAAACAGAAGGUCAAAUAUCGACAAAACGCAAAGCAAACAAAAGAUUUGGAAUACGAUGAUGAAAACUACAACGAUGAAGAAGAGAUGAAGAAAGAAUUUCUACCGAAUAUUCCAACGACAAAUGGGGAUCUUCUUUCGAUUUCCUCAUUGAACAAACGUCAUCGACACCCUCAUAAUCAUCAACAGCAUCGUUCUCGACGUGCUGCUCCUCCAAUUGUACUUAUUCCCCAACAAUCCUCGUCGUCACCCAUCCCUUCCAGCUCUCGUUCACAAUAUAAUUUAUUCAAUUCAAAUAUGCAUCUCUUGGAAAAACAUCUCAAGUACUUACUUAAUAAACAAAAACUCGACGAAGAACGAAGUGAAAUCGUUAAUGAAUGGAAGUUAAUGGCAUUGAUUAUGGAUCGAUUAUUGUUUUGGUUAUUCACAAUUUUUACAAUCCUAAGUACAGCUUUAUGUUUAACCAUUAUCCCAAUACUGAAAAAUGCCGGAUAUAUAUCAGCUUUGUCAAGAGAAUUACUUGCAGAUUUAAAAUCGGUGGAAACGACAAUGGGACGUGAUAUUGCAGAACAAAUGAAGGUUAAUUUGACAGGAGGUGUGUAA